UCGACACGACCUCUUGUGUCUGUCCCCUCUUUCCCACAAAAAACCGAACAACUCAGCAGCAAAGCGCGUUUUGGAUUGCAGCAACAGUUUGAGUGCAUUAUUAUUUGUAGUAGAAGCAUAGAUCGAAGAUGAUAAGCGACAAUAUUGACAACAGUGAUCACCAUGUUACCGCGCUGCUUCGUUCAGUGGCGUUGAAGGGAGGAGGCCCCUCUUCACGGUUGCAACCUGCGCUCCUCCGACGUGCCUCCUCCAACGAGCCUGAUAACUUGGCGAAAGCGCUCAAAGAGAAUAAUGCCAACGACAAUGCCCCUCAGUCUCUGGCGGUGACCUGUCUCUGCCAUGAGCAUAUCAUUCAAGAGGAAUACCUCCAAGACUUUCUCCGCUGGUCCAACCAUCAGACCGUGCCUCUUCUGCCCAAGGUAACGCACGACUGUCCGCUCAUGCCAACCAGCGUUACUCUGAAGGACGUGGGGAUUCAGUGCAUCACCGAGAGCAUUGCCAAUUGCCUGCAUCGACUCCACGAUAGGAACAUUCUGUUUGCCUACAAGGCCGACCCGGACCAUGCGGGUAGAAUCGAGAUUUGCAGCAUGCAGUGCAAGCUCAAGUUUGUCAUUCAGCUAUGGCAACGACCGCAACUCGAGGGACCUUCGGCGGUCGUUGUGGAACUGCAGCGCCGACGUGGUUGCCCUAUCUUCAUGCAUCACCUAAGGCGCCCUUUGUUCAAAGCUCUCAAAGCCCUCAGCAAGGAACCCUUGAAGAGGACACUGUCCUGUCCAAGCCUCGCCCAGAACCUCGAUAGUUUGGAUGCACCAAACCACGGGCAAGCAGAAGACCUCGCGGCUUCACGGCGAAGCUCUUUGGGACAUCCCCCAGUGAGAUUUCCGCCGCCGCUACGAGUAAACUUUUCAUAACUCUCUUGUUAACAAUACUACUAGACUAGUACAGUGUCUACAGUACGGUAGUACCUAAUACCUAUGAAACAACGCAAUGCCUUGCGCCACCA